CUGCUGGACAAGCUCUAUUGCAUAUAUUGUUCAUUGUAACAUGAAUGAUGUCUGAGGUCAUGAAUUUGGACCCAUUCUAAUGAUAUUUUGAGUGAGAAUGGAUACUGAAGUCAUUAAUAAUACACGAAGACGCAGAAAAACUGUUCACUUGUACAAUACUAUGCACUUGAGAUUAAGUCUGUCAGGGGCUACCGCCGAAGGCAGGGCACGUGACCGGACACGUGACGCGUCCGGGGUGGGUUGUCGUGGGCGGCCUGUACAAUUUUCGUUGUCUCUUACCCGCACGAUUUACAACAAGGGUGAGGAAUCAGGAUGUGCAACUUAGGGUAUAAAUCCUAUCUGGCCACCGUGAUCCUCACUUUCGUCUGACCGAUAGGAUGGCGGGGGCUCAGAGAGGGCGGUACCAGCGGGCUCGGGUUCAUGGCCGCGUUGCCCCUGAGAGGCUUGCAUCCGCUCGGUCAAUAUCCGGAACAACUCGGAGGUUGGUAUCUCCUCGGCAUCGGGCCGUGCCGGUACCGGUGCUGGCGCCGGUGCCGUUGAUGUCGAUGGCUCCGUCAC